AUGCCCCGCGUCUCUGCGCCUUUGGUGCUGCUUCCGGCGUGGCUCGUGAUGGUCACCUGCAGCCCGCACUCCCUGAGGAUUGCUGCUAUCUUGGAUGACCCCAUGGAGUGCAGCAGAGGGGAGCGGCUCUCCAUCACCCUGGCCAAGAACCGCAUCAACCGCGCUCCUGAGAGGCUGGGCAAGGCCAAGGUCGAAGUGGACAUCUUUGAGCUUCUCAGAGACAGCGAGUACGAGACUGCAGAAACCAUGUGUCAGAUCCUCCCCAAGGGGGUGGUUGCUGUCCUGGGACCCUCCUCCAGCCCGGCCUCCAGCUCCAUCAUCAGCAACAUCUGUGGGGAGAAGGAGGUCCCUCAUUUCAAGGUGGCCCCCGAGGAGUUUAUCAAGUUCCAGUUCCAGCGAUUCACAACCCUGAACCUCCACCCCAGCAACACGGACAUCAGCGUGGCUGUCGCUGGGAUCCUGAACUUCUUCAACUGUACCACCGCCUGCCUCAUCUGUGCCAAAGCAGAAUGCCUUUUAAACCUGGAGAAGCUGCUCCGGCAAUUCCUUAUCUCCAAGGACACGCUCUCGGUCCGGAUGCUGGAUGACACCCGGGACCCCACCCCACUCCUCAAGGAGAUCCGGGACGACAAGACCGCCACCAUCAUCAUCCAUGCCAACGCCUCCAUGUCCCACACCAUCCUCCUGAAGGCAGCUGAACUAGGGAUGGUGUCGGCCUAUUACACAUACAUCUUCACUAAUCUGGAGUUCUCGCUCCAGAGAAUGGACAGCCUUGUGGAUGACCGUGUCAACAUCCUGGGAUUUUCCAUCUUCAACCAGUCGCAUGCUUUCUUCCAAGAGUUUGCCCAGAGCCUCAACCAGUCGUGGCAGGAGAACUGUGACCACGUGCCCUUCACGGGGCCUGCGCUGUCCUCGGCCCUGCUGUUUGAUGCUGUCUAUGCUGUGGUCACCGCAGUGCAGGAGCUCAACCGGAGCCAGGAGAUCGGUGUGAAGCCUUUGUCCUGCGGCUCGGCCCAGAUCUGGCAGCACGGCACCAGCCUCAUGAACUACCUGCGCAUGGUAGAAUUGGAAGGUCUCACCGGCCACAUUGAAUUCAACAGCAAAGGCCAGAGGUCCAACUAUGCCUUGAAAAUCUUACAGUUCACCAGGAAUGGUUUUCGGCAGAUCGGCCAGUGGCACGUGGCGGACGGGCUCAGCAUGGACAGCCGCCUCCACGCCUCCAACCUCUCCGACAGUCUCUUCAACACCACCCUGGUUGUCACCACCAUCCUGGAAAACCCGUAUUUAAUGCUGAAGGGGAACCACCAGGAGAUGGAAGGCAAUGACCGCUAUGAGGGCUUCUGUGUGGACAUGCUCAAGGAGCUGGCAGAGAUCCUCCGGUUCAACUACAAGAUCCGCCUGGUCGGGGAUGGCGUGUACGGUGUUCCUGAGGCCAACGGCACUUGGACGGGAAUGGUCGGGGAGCUGAUCGCGAGGAAAGCGGACCUGGCCGUGGCGGGCCUCACCAUUACUGCGGAGCGGGAGAAGGUGAUAGAUUUCUCCAAGCCGUUCAUGACUCUGGGAAUUAGCAUUCUUUACCGAGUUCAUAUGGGACGCAAACCUGGCUAUUUCUCCUUCCUGGACCCAUUUUCCCCCGGAGUCUGGCUCUUCAUGCUUCUAGCCUAUCUGGCUGUCAGCUGCGUCCUCUUCUUAGUGGCUCGGUUGACCCCCUACGAGUGGUACAGCCCCCACCCAUGCGCCCAGGGCCGGUGCAACCUCCUGGUGAACCAGUACUCCCUCGGCAACAGCCUCUGGUUUCCUGUUGGGGGCUUCAUGCAGCAGGGCUCCACCAUCGCCCCCCGAGCCUUAUCCACCCGCUGUGUCAGUGGCGUCUGGUGGGCAUUCACGCUGAUCAUCAUCUCAUCCUACACGGCCAACUUGGCAGCCUUCCUGACUGUGCAGCGCAUGGAUGUGCCCAUUGAGUCAGUGGAUGACCUGGCUGACCAGACCGCCAUUGAGUAUGGCACAAUUCACGGAGGCUCCAGCAUGACCUUCUUCCAAAAUUCCCGCUAUCAGACCUACCAACGCAUGUGGAAUUACAUGUAUUCUAAGCAGCCAAGUGUGUUUGUGAAGAGCACCGAGGAGGGAAUCGCUAGGGUGUUGAAUUCCAACUACGCCUUCCUUCUGGAAUCCACCAUGAAUGAGUACUACCGGCAGCGAAACUGCAACCUCACUCAGAUUGGGGGCCUGCUGGACACCAAGGGCUAUGGGAUUGGCAUGCCAGUCGGUUCGGUUUUCCGGGAUGAGUUUGACCUGGCCAUUCUCCAGCUGCAGGAGAACAACCGCCUAGAAAUUCUCAAGCGCAAAUGGUGGGAAGGUGGCAAGUGCCCCAAGGAGGAAGAUCACAGAGCCAAAGGACUGGGAAUGGAGAAUAUUGGUGGAAUCUUUGUGGUUCUUAUUUGUGGCUUAAUCGUGGCCAUUUUUAUGGCUAUGUUGGAGUUUUUAUGGACUCUCCGACACUCGGAAGCUACUGAGGUGUCCGUCUGCCAGGAGAUGGUGACCGAGCUGCGCAGCAUCAUCCUGUGUCAGGACAGUGUGCACCACCGCCGGCGGCGCGCCGGGGUGCCUCCGCCCCGGCCCCCCAUUCCCGAGGAGCGCCGGCCGCGGGGCACGGCGACGCUCAGCAACGGCAAACUGUGCGGGGCCGGGGAGCCCGACCAGCUGGCGCAGAGACUGGCCCAGGAGGCCGCCCUGGUGGCCCGCGGCUGCACACACAUCCGCGUCUGCCCGGAGUGCCGCAGGUUCCAGGGCCUGCGGGCGCGGCCGUCCCCCGCCCGCAGCGAGGAGAGCCUGGAGUGGGAGAAGACCACCAACAGCAGCGAGCCCGAGUAG